ACUGGCAAAGUAACGAAGCGAAAACAUCUUUGUUCUCAGAUUCUUCUUUUCCAAUGAGUCCUCAGCUUCUGUCACCUCACAAUUUCAGAGAUCUCUUCGAUUCCGUCGAAGCUUUUCUCUUCGACUGCGAUGGUGUGAUUUGGAAGGGUGACGAACUCAUCGAUGGCGUUUCAGAAACCCUGGACAUGCUUCGCUCUACAGGCAAGAAGCUCGUAUUCGUCACCAACAAUUCUUGGAAGUCGCGGAGUCAAUACGCUCAAAAGUUCCGAUCCUUGGGAAUUCCCGUUUCGCAGGACGAGAUUUUCUCCUCCUCUUUCGCUGCUGCUAUGUACUUGAAGGUCAACAAUUUCCCUUCACAAAACAAGGUUUAUGUUAUUGGUGGGGAAGGCAUACUGGAAGAGUUGCAGCUUGCAGGCUUCACUGCUUUUGGUGGUCCCGGAGAUGCAAAUAAAACAAUAGACCUGAAGCAGAACUGCUUUGUUGAACAUGAUAAGAGUGUUGGAGCUGUAGUGGUUGGUAUAGAUCCAAACAUUAACUAUUACAAGCUUCAGUAUGGAACCCUUUGCAUACGUGAAAAUCCAGGAUGCCUUUUCAUUGCCACCAACCGGGAUGCAGUUGGAAAUAUGACUGCUUUGCAAGAAUGGCCUGGUGCAGGGAGUAUGGUUGCUGCUAUGUGUGGAUCAACCGAGAAGGAACCUGUUGUGGUGGGGAAACCAUCAGCCUUUAUGAUGGAGUUUUUACUUAAGAAAUUCAACGUGAGUUGCUCCAAAAUGUGUAUGGUGGGUGAUAGACUAGAUACUGAUAUAUUGUUCGGACAAAAUUCUGGUUGCAAAACUCUCCUAGUAUUUUCAGGUGUCACUACUCAAUCAGCUCUACAAGAUCCUUCAAAUAAUAUUCAGCCCGACUACUACACAAACAAAGUUUCUGAUAUGCUUGAUUUAUUGGGAGCAUAAGGUGGUUCUUCCCAAGUUAGUCAUUCUCUGAUGACCCAUUGAGAUUAUAGGAUAAUGUCACAUACAGACAUACUUCAUUUCACAUUAAUUCGAUUUUCACUCUCUAAUUAUAGCUGAUCUCAUUUCGAUUUCCGUGCCUCACUUUGGUGUGAGGUGAUGUGCACCAAGGAUUAUUAGAGGCUAUAAAAUUUGUUCUCCCAUUAAUCCGAAUCAUUACUGUCCGAUUAUUUUUAAAUUGCACUGUACUCAGAUUUCGACGUAGAAUAUCAGUCAUGACCAGGGUGAAAUUAUUCUUUCUAUUAUUUCAAAGGUAGGACACCACGGUUAUUACAUCAACGAGCCAUUGGAAGCUGAACCCUAAUUUGAUAUUUCUAAUAGUGCAGUUCUUUACGUAGCUUUUUAUUAGCAGUUUGGCACUACUGUUGUAUAGCUUCUUGGCAUCUUCAUUCACAAUCACAAGUAGAGUACUUCCAUUGCG